CUUCAGGAUGGAACUCACACAUUGCUGCAGAUGGAAGGACUCCAGCCGCCGAACAUCACGCUGCCUGAAGGUCCAACUUUCCGGAGGCAUGGGUUCGAAUCCCACCGCUGCCGAAAGAUGUUGCUGAUUCACCAUGGCUGGUCACUGCUACUCUCAUUAGCCAUUGUGCUGCCAUGUUACUGUGUAGCCCUACCAGUGAAAGACGUCAAUGGCUCCACAACACGUGAUGUCCAGGAGACAGUGGCCACGGCAUUGGACGAGUCAUCGGUUGAACACAAACGAGCUGAGCGCAGCAUUGGUCGUGGUCCACUGGUACGUCAAAGUCCGCAUGCCGAGCAUCGUCAGAAAGGCAAGUUGGCCUUUCUCCCACCAAUGAUCCAUGACAACGUUAUUGAUGAAGUUCUCCAAACUCCCGUAGACAGCAGCGGAGAUGGGCCAGACGUACUCGACACACACGCAGUCUCCUGGUUUGAAAACGCGGAUUCGUUUGGAGGAUUUCUGGACAUCCCACCUGUCACUGAAAUCGACAUUCCGCAGCCAAGUGAGCCAGAGCAGCCCACGGCAGCAGCAGCAGCGGCUACUACAGAAGUAGCUACCACAGAAGCGGCUACCAAAACAGCGGCUAGCACAACAGCGGCUACUGCAAAAGCCGCUACUGUAGCGGCAACAACGACUACUCCUCCGGCCAUGGAUAUGACUACCCCUCCGGCCAUGGAGAUCAAGGCACCAAUGCAUCACCAGAUGGGCCAAGCAGCGUCUUGUCGCAGAGAGCUGGCUUCCGUCAGUGUGGAAGGUGACGGUUGUCGCAAGGCCGUGUCUAUUGGUGUCUGUAAGGGAACGUGCAUGCAUACACCGAGAACCAAGAGACGACAUCCGUAUGUGCUGUAUUCCUGCCAGUCCUGCGAGCCCACAACCACCAAGAUAAUCGAGGUGGCCAUGAACGAUCGCUAUUGUCAGUCUCAACGUGGCAGGCUGGUGACGGAGAGAGGAGAUCGAAACAAAACUUUCAACAGUAUAUAUGUACCCAGUGCACUGAGCUGUUCAUGCCGUCCGUAUUCCCUUUAGAUGUAUUUCUCUUUCACCUACUACCUCAGGGAUAUGCACACGUCAUGUACAUGACUUUAUUGUAUUACUUACAAUCACCAAAUUUCCCAAUAGACGACAAGCCAGCAGUCCAGGACUGACGAAUUGUCCGCAAUUGCCAUCAUCGCUGCUGGUAUCAUUAUUGUACUGGCCCGGUAUUUAGUUUUGACAACAAAACAUGGCGGAACUUCCACGCUAUUUCCUGCAAUCCUAGUAUUCUUUGACAUCCUACAUGUACAUAAUAUUAUCCUUAUUCUAUAUCCCACAAGUUAUCAUUAUUUGUGGAUAUCACAUUUUUACAAGCAGUGAUUCGAUGAUCAUGACGUCUUUGACCAUGGUACCGUAUACUAUCUUACGUCAUCGUGUUGAUCAUCUUGAGUAGUAAAAUUAUGAAUUCACAU